GUAAGUACGCCCUCAGUAAGGACUCUGUCAGAUCGCAGUAUUGACCUCGUUACGUGAGUGCUAAUUAUCAUCGAAGUCUGCGGAAGCGUUCAACAGGAUUUGAAGCAUCAAAUAGAUCCUACAAUCACGGGAAAAGUUCAUCAGAUGAGGCCUUCUUUCGCAGCUCGUUGAAGCCGGACAGAAUAUUCCGACUUCUCGUUUGCGGAGUCACCAUCGGUAUGCAUCAGCAAAGAAUAAUUUACCGCAUACUUCACACCACGGAUGAUGAGCAAGGUACCGGAUCUCGAAGCAAAUUCCAUCUCACGCUUUUGAGGACGCCCGUAGACAGCAUUAGCUCCGGUUUCGAGAAUGAUAACGACUUCCACCCAGGUCAAAGGUGUGUCGAGCAGAGUACUUCUCAUCUCGAGCUCAGGAAAUGCGUGUUUGCCUCAGAAAUGAGCAACUUCGCUCACCCAAAAGUACUUCAGGCAAUGCAGCGUAAGGUGGAACAUACUAUCUCGAAAGCUGAUCUUCCAAACGCUGACGAGCUUAUGCAAGUGGGUAGUCCCUGCAUAGAAACGAAAUCCAGCAAAGGAAGCUCCAUCGUCCUCGAGAUUGGCGCCCCUACCAAGCUGUCCUCAAAAAAUGUGAACGCCGUCUUGCACUCGACAUCCGAUGUCAGUCUUGGCUUCAUGUAAACGCCCUGAGAAAUGCCCCUCCAGAAUCUGGUCACACGGCCGCUAGAGUCUUCUUCUUUUCUCGGAAAACUUCCGUUCUACUUAAUUGACGUGGCGUCUUGUGAUCGGUCUAUAAGCUCGCAUCUAAAUUUCAAUCCCUAUCUCAUCGUAUAGCUCUCUCAAUAUCUUCA